GCGUACUUGGAGUUCGAGCAUGACAAAGCGAAGUUUGUAUCAGCAAUCUAAUCAGGCACCAUCAGAGGAGACCAUUAGGAGGAUUCGAGAUGAGCUUCGGACUGUGUUUGAUGAUAAGAUUUUCUACUUGGAGGCACAGCUCCAUCAGAUGCGUGCUCAGAUGGCGAGUGGAUCUUUUGCGCAUAGCCCAGUAGGUACUCCUCAUUCGGUGCCAUCCAGUAGUGGGCAGGUUCCAGAUGCAUCUAGUGCUCACCAAACACAUGCAUUGGAAAAUGAGAGAUUCACUCAGGUGCCUGAUGAGGUUUAGGUACAAGUCCAUGAAGAUGAAGCAAGCGAAUUUCUUGUUCUGUUUUGCUUUUUAUUGUAUUUUGGACAAUGGAUAUGUACUUGAAUACUUAUGUUAUGUUUGAGUAAAAUCUGGAUGAAUUUUUAA